AGAGAACGGGAGCACGCAUGUCACUGUGCGCGCCCCCUGCGCUCUAUUUUCUUUCUUUGCUCCUCUGCUCGGUACAAGCGGUGCUGAUGGUUCGCUCUGGGCUGUUCUCAGGCCGCUACAUAAAGCCAUUUGACUUGAUCCAGACAAGAACAGAAACUUCUUCGGAAAAUAGUGCAUCAACUCUUCCAACAGCUUCAUCCACAAAUAGAUCUACUCUGUGUUGGAAACCAUGCAGCAACCAGAUGUUGUGGUGAGCCUCAGGAUCGAACUCCUCCGAGCCAACAAGCAGAUCAUGGCUCUUAAAUAUGGAACCGAGUCUCUGAGGGAGAGGAUGUGGCAGCUGGAGAACCAGCUUAAAGACAGAGAUGCUGUCAUAAAGAUGGCGGUGGAGAAGGAGAAGGAGAAAGAGAAGGAGAAGGAGAAGGAGGUGGAGAAGGAGACAGAGAAGGAGAAGCAGAAGCAGAAGGAGAUCCAGGCUCUGAAGGAGAAGGUGGAGCAGCUGGAAAACCAACUGAAAGACAAAGAUGAUGUGAUAAAGAUGGCGGUGGAGAAGGAGAAGGAGACGGAGACGGAGACGGAGAAGGAGAAGGAGAAGGAGAUCCAGGCCCUGAAGGAGAAGAUUGAGCAGCAGGAAAACCAGCUGAAAGACAAAGACAAAGAUGAAGUAAUAAAGAAGGAGGUCAAGAAACGGCGUGCUCGCCUUGGGGCCUAUCUUGACUGUCUGGCUGAGCUCACUGACUGUCAGGCCAAGGUAAACAUUAUGGAAGCAGGUCUGCACCAGGAGCCACCCCAGCCUAAUACAAGCUGUAGCAGUGAGGUGGAGGUUGAGAAGGAGAAGGAGAAGGAGAAAGAGAAAGAGGAAGAGAAGGAGAAGGAAAAUGAGAUCCAGGCCCUGAAGGUGCAGGUGGAGCAACUGCAACACCAGUUAAUUGACAAAGACGGUGUCAUAGAGAAGGAGGUCAAGAAACGGCGUGCUCGCCUCAGGGCCUAUCUUGACUGCUUGGCUGAGCUCAGUGACUGUCAGGCGAGGGCUAACAUUAUGGAGGCAAGUCUGCACCAGGAGCCUGCACCAGGAGCCUGAGACAAGAAGGAGCAGUGAGGUGGAGCUCAACAAGGAGAACGAGGACUAUGGGACUGAGCUGCAGAAAGGAGGAGGCCGAGAUGAGCUGGAGGAGAGAGAAGAGGUGGAGAAGCACUUACCUCACCCAUUCCUUCCCUCCUUGCCCCCGCCGCCCCUCACCCUUUUCCUACUCCUCAAAACAAACCCCUCCCCUGUCCCCCUUUGUACAUAUUUUAAAUAAUUGAAUGUGUUGUAAAUAUGUUAAACUUUUUGAAUAAAUAUAACUAGUACAGUAA